AUGUCGCUCUCUUCCGCUCAGGCGGUACGCCACGCCGUUCUCACAGCGACAAAUAGCGCCAGUCGUGCCCUUCAGACGCGACAUUUCAGCUGGUCAUUACCGCGGGGCAAACAACGCGUCGUGGUUCUAGGUUCAGGAUGGGGAGGGUACAACGUCUUGCGGGGGAUUGACAAGAAACGAUGGGACGUCACUGUACUUUCGCCGAACACUUAUUUUAACUUCACGCCUUUGCUUGCAAGUACGGCUGUUGGGACGCUGGAGUUUCGAUGUGCCGUUGAACCGGUUCGAAGAUACGCGCCACAAGUUACAUAUUAUCAGGCCUGGUGCGACAACAUCGAUUUUGCGAAGAAGGAACUUAAAUGCAUGCCUGCUACGCGACCUGUGAAUGCGGAACCGACGAUGGAUGCAGAUUUACAUCCGCUUCAUGAACGCCAAAAUUCUUUCACACUAAAAUAUGACAAGUUGAUCAUCGCGGUUGGCGCGUAUUCCCAGACGUUCAAUGUACCGGGGGUCAAGGAGCAUGCCCAUUUCCUCAAAGAUGUUAAAGAUGCGAGGCGGAUUCGAAGUCGCAUUCUCGAAUGUUUUGAGCAAGCGAAUCAACCAUUCGUCAGUGACAUCGAGCGACGGAAUCUGCUGAACUUCUGCAUUGUCGGCGGAGGGCCGACUGGCGUGGAGUUUUCCUCAGAGCUCUACGACUUACUUCACUCUGAUAUCUUCAAACACUAUCCCAACUUAGCCCGAUUAACUAAAAUCACUCUUUAUGAUGUGGCACCGAAUAUUCUAGGAAGCUUCGAUAAGUCACUACGAAAGUACACCGAGAAAACUCUGUCGCGCGAAGGUAUCAGCAUUCUCACUAGCCACCACGUCGACCGCGUUGAGAAUGGCAAAAUGAUCGUCAGAGAACAGGGAGAAGUACCUUUCGGACUUCUGGUUUGGAGUACAGGUCUCGCCCCAAAUCCUCUGGUCAAAGAGCUCAGUCGAGUGCAGAAAGAUCCGAAGACGUCCAGCCUGAUCACCAACGAUCAUCUCAACAUUAUCAUGGAAGACGGCAAACCUAACACAGACGUUUGGGCUAUCGGAGAUGCAGCAAAGAUUGAGGAUGCUCCCUUACCAGCGACGGCCCAAGUCGCCAACCAGAAGGCAAAGUAUCUCGUCAGGAAAAUCAACAAACUUGCAAAAGAUCAAGAAUCUCCCGAACCCUUCAAAUUCGAAAACUUUGGCAGCCUGGCAUACAUUGGUAAUUGGAAAGCCAUUUACGACCGCCCUACGAACGGCGCAGAAGAAGGAUUCAUGCAAAAGGAGACCGGUAGAAUUGCGUGGCUGCUGUGGCGAUCGGCUUAUUUUACGAUGACACUCAGUAUCAGAAACAAAAUCCUUGUCCCGACAUAUUGGUUCUUGAACUGGAUCUUUGGUCGCGAUCUUACACGUUUCUAG